AGAAACAACUAGCGUGUCGCGACUCACACACAGCAAAGUACAACGCGCUUUCUGGCUUAGAGUCAAUCUCAAAUAAGAAAGAUACAGAGAGAGAGAGAGAGAGAGAGAGAGAGAGGACGAUUCUUCCAAGCCUGUGAGGUUGACCCUCCCUAUUCUCCAAUGAAGGCGCCCCGUUUUGUCAAACACCUCGAAUCCUGAUCGCCAUAUCUCAUUACUCCUUGAUUCAACUCAGUCCGAGUAGUAUGCCCUUCUAUGUGUAAUCGCUUAGUGGGAGGAAGAAAAAGAAGAGAAUAUUAGCGAAAAUGGGGUGUUGCCAGAGCCAAAACUCGGACUCGAAGGCCAAUAGGGCUGCUCGCUGGCGAUCAACUGGCAUUGUCGCUUUACGUGACGCCAAAUUGAAGACAUUUCCUGAUGAAGUUUUUGAGCUGGAGAGAUCUGUGCGUACCCUUGAUUUAACACGCAAUAAAUUAGUUGAAAUUCCUAUGGAGAUCAGCAAAUUAAUCAACAUGCAGCGUCUGGUCUUAGCUGAAAAUCUUAUCCAGCGAUUGCCAAUAAAUCUGGGGAAACUUCAGUCUCUCAAAGUUAUGACACUUGAUGGGAACCGAAUUUCUUCUUUGCCUGAUGAAUGUAAGACUUCUUUUGGCCAGCUGGUGAGGCUUGAACGGCUAUCUAUAUCAGAGAACAUAUUGACAAGCUUGCCUGAAACUAUCGGCAGCUUGCGUAAUUUAUUGCUUUUAAAUGUGUCAAAGAACAAGUUAAAGUCUCUUCCAGAAUCUAUUGGGAGUUGCUUCUCUUUAGAAGAAUUACAAGCUAAUGAUAAUAUUGUUGAAGACCUUCCUGCAUCAGUUUGCAAUCUCAUCCACUUAAAGUCUCUUUGCCUAGACAAUAAUCACAUAAGCCAGAUACCUCCUAACCUGUUGAAAGACUGCAAAGCUCUGCAGAAUAUUUCCCUGCACAACAAUCCCAUAACAAUGGAUCAAUUUCAACAGAUGGAAGGAUUCCAAGAUUUUGAAGCAAGGCGGAAGAAGAAGUUUGACAAACAAAUUGACUCUAAUGUGAUGAUCGGCUCCAAAGGUCUUGAUGAGGGUGUUGAUCUACGAUAACAUUGCGCUAAGAGUUCUCAUAAAGGGUUGGUGGCUGUUGAUGCUAUUUUGAUACGAGGAAGCUGUUGCAAUUUUGAUGGGUGUAAAUUUGGAUUUUUCCUCUCUGCAGCUUGUUGUUGGAAUACAGGAAAUAUAUAUAUAUAUAUAUAUAUUUUUUGCUGCAGCUUGAUUAGGUGAGUUCAAAUCCAGUUGUAAAUAGUAGCUUUUGUUUUUUUUUUUUGUUUUUGGGGUAAAUAGUAGUUUCUGUGUCAGACAAUUUCCAGUUUCUGAGCACAUGAAAAAAGAACGGGACCUUCCUCUUAUGAUGCUGCAUUCUAUGACAAGGUUUAAUUUCUAUUUCA